UAACGCAAGGCUAGUCUGCUUCCCCGGCUCAUAUAAAUCUCGAGUCACAACACGAAUUCAUUCUUUUUAAGCCCGGAGAUCGUCGCGAAUAGCAGUCUUCAUUCAAAUUCUUAAAACACCUUUUCUAAUAUUCAAAUAUUGCGACUGAAUCGCUUCUUUCCUCUCUAUCGCAUUCAGGAAACCUUAGUUGAAAAAAACCAAAAUGAGCCAAAGUGUGAACAAAGAAGAAAUGGUCAAGAAGUUAAAUGAGACUCUGGAUGUUGCUGAUCCAGAAAUCUUUGAAUUAAUUACUAAAGAAAAAAAUCGCCAGAGCAAAGGCCUUGAAAUGAUUGCCUCAGAAAAUUUUACGUCCAAAGCAGUCUUGCAAGCACUUAGUAGCUGUUUACAUAACAAAUAUUCUGAGGGAUUGCCAGGAACAAGAUAUUAUGGUGGCAAUGAAUUCAUUGACCAGAUUGAAAUUAUGUGCCAAAAAAGGUGCUUGGAAGCCUAUGGCCUGGAUGCAGCUCAGUGGGGUGUCAAUGUUCAGCCUUAUUCUGGAUCACCUGCCAAUUUUGCUGUCUACACUGGAAUUGUAGAGCCUCAUGGUCGCAUUAUGGGUUUGGAUCUACCUGAUGGUGGGCAUCUCACACAUGGUUUUUUUACUGCAACCAAAAAGAUAUCUGCCACCUCAAUCUUUUUUGAAUCAAUGCCUUAUAAAUCUGACCCUAAAACUGGCUUAAUAGACUAUGAGCAGCUAGCUGUCACUGCUAGGUUAUUUAAGCCUAAACUGAUCAUUGCUGGAAUCAGUUGUUACUCGCGUAAUUUGGAUUACGCCAAAUUUCGUGCAAUUGCUGAUGACGUCGGUGCCUAUUUGAUGGCUGACAUGGCUCAUGUAAGUGGUCUGGUGGCUGCAGGUGUAGCCCCUUCGCCAUUCCCGUAUUGUGAUAUUGUAACCACGACAACUCACAAAACGCUCCGUGGACCAAGAGCUGGAGUAAUAUUUUUCCGACGAGGUCCAACCAGUGCUCCUGGCGUUUCUUACGAUUUUGAAAAUCGUAUCAAUCAAGCUGUAUUCCCUGGUCUACAAGGUGGGCCGCAUAAUCAUGCGAUUGCUGCCAUUGCCAUUGCUAUGAAGCAUGCUAAAACGGAAGAGUUUAAAUCCUAUCAAGAACAGGUAGUAAAAAAUGCGCAAGAACUUUGCCGGGGACUGCAGGAGCAUGGCUACAAGAUUGUUACUGACGGUACAGACAACCAUUUGAUUUUGGUUGAUUUGCGUAGUGUCGGACUGACUGGUUCUAAGGGUGAAAAAAUUUUGGAGGAAAUUGGAAUUGCUUGCAACAAAAAUACGGUUCCUGGCGAUAAAAGUGCUUUAAACCCGAGUGGAAUUCGCCUGGGAACACCUGCACUUACAACUCGUGGGCUUCUUGAAGCCGAUAUCAAGCGGGUUGUUGAAUUUAUCAAUAAGGGGUUACAAUUAGCUUUGGAAGUAUCCGCAAUUUCUGGUCCUAAACUUGUUGAUUUUAAGCGUGUUUUGGUUGAAGAUUCAAAUGUGAGUACCAAGGUCGUGCAACUGAGAACUGAAGUUGAAUCUUUUGCGCUUAAUUUCCCUAUGCCUGGUUAUGAAUUUUAAUUAAGCUUUGCAAAGCAUAUUUACUUCACUUUUUGUUCUAUCUCUUUGUUGGGCAUCAGAAAUAAAUAAACAUUACAUAUUCUGUAA